AUGAACCCCCUCCCCAUCCACAAACCAAAGCCCAGACCCGCCGCAUCCUGCGCCCCCUGCAGAAACCGAAAAGUAAAGUGUGAUCGGCUCUCUCCCUGCGAGGCAUGCAUCGCGCGCGGCAUCGUGCAUGAAUGCAAGUACUCGUCUACGGACGAGGACCGGGAGGCGAUUGCGCAGGCGGAGGUGAUAGCGACGCUGCGGGCGCGGGCGCGAAGGCUACGGAAUGAGCUGGCGGAGGCGGAGGCGGAGGGGCAUGAGAUUAUGGAGUUGAGGGAGGGGAUGAUGGCGUUUAGUUCGAGUCAGGUUGCGGAUUCUGGUUCUAGUCAAGGGACGACAGGGUCGAGCUCAGGGGCGGCGGCGAGGAAGGCGGAGAAUCAGGCGAUGGAGAUCCUGUAUUCGACGAUUCGAUUGGGGUCGGAGGAUUUGGUGGGGAGGAUUGUGAGUGGCGUGAGAGAAGGGAGGGAGUUGGUGGAUGUGGUGAAGAUGGUGCAGGUUUAG